UUUGUACGCUAAAAAGGCUCCCUUGAGAGAAAAUAGGGACUGGUCGAGUAGUCGGCAUCUCUGAUUAACUCACUAUUCGUCAUUACCCUCAUAAUCCGGGAUAUUAUUUCGACACAUCGUUUUUGGGUCGUUCUCGGUUAGUGACAAAGUCCCACAGUUGGGACUAAGAAGCAGCCAUGGAUGUUAUGAGCCAGUUGCAGAGACAGUGGCUUGAACACUCGGCUUUUCUGCGUAAGGAGGGAUAUUUGGACGACCAGUUUGAACAACUUCAGAAACUGCAAGACGAGAGCAGCCCAGAUUUUGUGAUCGAGGUUGUGUCUAUUUUCUUUGAUGAUUCUGAAAAACUCCUCAACAAUAUGGCCAGAGCUCUAGAACAGAAAGUUGUGGAUUUCAAACAGGUAGAUGCCCAUGUUCAUCAGUUCAAGGGGAGUAGUGCCAGCAUCGGUGCCAUGAGAGUUAAAAAUGUGUGCAUCGAGUUCAGAAAUUACUGUGAGGCACAGAACCUUGAAGAGUGUUUGAGAUGUACACGGAAACUGCAAUUUGAAUACUCUGUACUGAAAAACCAGCUUGAAUAUUUAUUCAGGCUGGAGCAACAGAUCCGAGCUGCUGGUGGGUAGUCUUGAUCUUAUCCCAUAAAGGCAGGAAAAAGAAGUGAAGGAUUUGAUGUUACUGAUUAUUUAUAUUAAUGUAGAAAGUAUAUUCUCAGACUUGCGAAGAUUUAUGUUCAAAGCUUAUACGAGAGGAAAAUGCUAAUGUGAGUAAACAGUUCUGCCUUUCUACAGAACGUAUAGUUUGUUUCUGUUCCUGUCCACCAUUCAGAGUUUCUUUUAUAUUUCUUUGAUCAGAUGGUUGGACUUUUCCAAACGUUGUUUUUGCUACCCACCGAUUUAAAAAUGCAUGGCUAAUGUUCGUGUUUCUUU